AUGGCAUCCUCAUCCAAGGAUAAGGGCAAGGGCAAGGAGCUCACUUCAACACCAGCAAAUAUGAGCGAGAAGAAUGAGGGUGAAGGCGAUACCCGUCGCACCAGCGAUCGUCAACUGUUCUUUAACCUGGCCCUCGUGGCAUACGAAUGCAAGGAGAAGCCCCAAGGGCACGUCUUUUUGAGAGUCAAGCACUUUGUGGGCAGCAGAAGCAAGGGAACAGACACCAAGAUAGUCCCGCCAGUGGCACCCAACGAAGCAGAACUUGGAGCUCACAUUGGCGCGCAGGACGUGCACAUAGGUCUGUGGGUGGGGAUGUGGACCCCUACCGCUGCGAACUAUGCCACCAAGGCAGUAGGAGGGAGGCCAAGGGGAGAUCAGGCACCAAGCAGGGAGAACAAGCGCCAGGGAAGAAGUGUUGAGCAGCUCAUCCAAUCCGGGGAAUUCACCAUUGAACCGCACAACAAGGCGGCUCUGCGCGUCGUCAUCAACGUAAAACAACGAGACGGUCGAUAUUACGUGCUCAAAAACCCCGACGAGAAUGGGUUGUGCGAGGCGACGACUAUCACGACUGAAGAGAUCUUCUACGCGCCCGAAUACCGUGACGACACGCUGACCAACAAGGAAAAGAGGCGAGAAAAGGCUCAUGAGAGGAUUAGUGAGGCCGUUGAUACCGCUCUUCAGAGGGCGCGUGAGAAAACGUCCAGGCCCGAAUCAUACAAGAACGUCAUUCCCGUCGACAAGCUCAUCUCCAAUGUGAGGACGGUUCGGAGGUUGUACAACGAGUCCCGGGUGGAAUACUCUGUAGAGAAGCUCGCUGAGCUGCUCACCAUCCUGAAAACAAUGGAUGGGGAUAUGGAGUGCCGCGAGGUGUACCGUACGCGCCGGGCCGACAUGGAUGAAUUCCUGGAUCCUCAAACGCCUCUGACUAAUGACAUGGUGAUCAGAGCUCAAAAUGCACUGCAGGUAGGUUAA